AUGGACAACAUCCACACGAUGGCAAGACUAACUGAAGUAUCGCGAGAGCACAAAAAACCGCUCUAUCUCACUUCGAUGGACUUGAAGAAGGCUUUUGACUCAAUUGAGAUAGAAGCAGUCAUGGAAGCCCUUGAUAAUCAGGUAUUUCCUAUUCAGUGUAUAAACAAUCUUCGUGAGCUAUACAAAGAUUUCGCAACCAAGAGCUCACCAUUCUACAACGAUAUUAACAUCGACGUGGAAAGAGGUGUUAAAAAAAGCGGUACAAUCUCGCAAUUGCUAUUUACUGCUACUCUCGAGAACGUCGUGCGAACGUCGGGGUAG